GAGACCGUGUGAGGUAGAGAGCUCCAUCCUCUCGUGCACUCCCAGCAGCACCCGCGCGCUUAGCGCCACGCCCAUCUCCCUCACUCUGAGUUUGUAGCUGUCGCCGGCUGUGAGGAGGUUACGUCGGCUCCGUUAUCUGAUCACGUGGAAGAAGCAUUUGUUGCCGGUGCCGUUGGGAGACAGGAGAGAGGCUCCGCCAUGUUCAGCUGGACCAAUACGGACACGCGGAGAAAGAAAGAACCGGAGCUUUUCCAGACGGUGGCCGAGGGUCUCUGGAAGCUUUACUCGCACAAGUUGCUGCCGCUGGAGGAGACUUACCGCUUCCACGAGUUCCACUCUCCGGCCCUGGAAGAUGCCGACUUCCACAAUAAGCCCAUGGUGCUGCUGGUGGGACAGUACAGUACGGGCAAGACCACGUUCAUCCGACACCUCCUGGAGAGCGACUUCCCCGGCAUGAGGAUCGGCCCCGAGCCCACCACUGACUCCUUCAUCGCCGUCAUGCACGCGCCUCUACAGGGGGUCAUGCCCGGGAACGCGCUCGUCGUGGACCCCAAGAAACCCUUCAGAAAGCUCAGCGCCUUCGGGAAUGCCUUCCUUAAUCGGUUCAUGUGCGCUCAGUUACCCAACCCUGUCCUGGAGAGCAUCAGCAUCAUCGAUACACCCGGAAUCCUGUCUGGAGAGAAGCAGAGGAUCAGCAGAGGAUAUGACUUUGCCGCAGUCCUAGAAUGGUUUGCUGAACGAGUGGAUCGUAUUAUCCUGCUCUUUGAUGCUCACAAGCUGGACAUCUCUGAUGAGUUUUCUGAUGUCAUCAAAGCCCUGAAAAACCACGAGGACAAGAUCCGUGUAGUGCUUAAUAAGGCAGACCAGAUUGAGACUCAGCAGUUAAUGAGAGUUUACGGAGCCCUCAUGUGGUCCUUGGGUAAAAUCAUUAACACUCCUGAAGUAGUUCGAGUUUACAUCGGCUCUUUCUGGUCCCACCCUCUGCUCAUCCCAGACAACCGCAAACUGUUUGAGGCAGAAGAACAGGACCUGUUCAAGGACAUCCAGUCUCUUCCCAGAAAUGCUGCUCUACGUAAACUCAAUGACCUUAUCAAGAGAGCCAGAUUAGCCAAGGUUCAUGCCUACAUAAUUAGUGCUAUAAAAAAAGAGAUGCCUAAUGUAUUUGGAAAAGAAAAUAAAAAGAAAGAGCUGAUCAACAACCUUCAUGAGAUUUACAUGAAAAUAGAAAAAGAGCAUCAGAUUUCUCCUGGAGACUUUCCCAACAUCAAGAAAAUGCAGGAAAUUCUGAUGACCCAGGAUUUUACCAAGUUCCAGGCCCUAAAGCCCAAAUUGCUGGACACCGUAGACGAUAUGUUGGCCAGUGACAUUGCCAAGCUGAUGGUCAUGGUGCAGCAGGAGGAGUCUCAGAAGACAAAUCAAGUGGUGAAGGGUGGUGCCUUUGAAGGAACUAGGAAUGGGCCUUUUGGACAUGGCUAUGGGGAAGGAGCUGGAGAGGGAAUUGACGAUUUCGACUGGGUGGUUGGUAAAGACAAACCAACAUAUGAUGAGAUAUUCUUCACUCUUUCGCCUGUCAAUGGGAAAGUUACAGGUGCCAGUGCCAAGAAGGAGAUGGUUAAGUCCAAGCUUCCCAACACUGUGCUGGGCAAGAUCUGGAAACUGGCUGAUGUAGAUAGAGAUGGCCUUCUUGAUGAUGAAGAAUUCGCACUCGCUAACCACCUGAUUAAAAUAAAAUUGGAAGGGCACGAGCUACCCACUGACCUGCCUUCUCACCUAGUACCACCAUCCAAACGAAGAGGGGAAUAAAGCCUACCGUGCAAUCUACUAACCAGUCUUCCACCCUUUAUUUUAUUUUUUUUUCCCCUAAAACAUCUACCUUGAAACAUGGGAUAUUAUAACAUGUUAAAAAGAAUCCGUAUACAUUUGUUUUGUGCUGGUAUAUUAAUUAUACCACAGCUUUAAAUCAAACAAGCACAGAACUGCUUAAAAAUGAUAAAGUGAUAAAGGAUGGAGCUGUAAAGCAGGAAGGAGGGACUUUCUACUUUUACCUGCAGAAGUUCCAUAUAAUAAAACAUUUGAAAUCAUUUGGAUAGAACUAUAUUUAAUGCCACAAAAUGCAGGAAGCAGCUUGGGCCAUUCUACUGCAUCCAGUCAGCUUUGAAUUUUAUUUCCUUAACAGCGAUGUUUGAACUGAUAAUCAGAAAGCUUUCAUGAAACAACUAGGCCUUUACAAGAUUAUUAGAUCUGAUAUUGUUUUUCAGAGCAAGACCAAGAUAUGUUUACAGAAAUCAAGCCAAGCCACAUAUUCCUCCUUCACAAUUAAACACUCCAUGUGGCAGAUUA